AUGCAGGAUUUGAACGGUUCCGCUCAGAACGGCGGCAGUUCGGGACGCUUUCAUGGCCACGCCUCCAAGCCCUCCAACAGUGAUACCGGUUUCUCUCAUGGAGCCUUCACUUCCAACGUCUCCGGUUUUGCUGAGAGACACCCUCGCCGUGGCAACAUCCCUUCUCUCAACACCCAAGUGAACCAGGGACACGGCGCCAACGCGUCCGAUGUAGCCUCCCCUGGAACAGCUUUUGACAUGCAGUUCACUCCUCUCCUGCCUUCGCAACUCCUCAUGGGAAGCCCCUUUCAACCCGGUAGCCCUGCUGCCUUCGGUAGCCCCCAGUUCCAGUCCCUUUCCGCCUUCCAGGGAUCUCAGCAGCCGCAUCAGGUCAACCAGCAGCACAGCGGCGGCAUGUCCAGCCCUACCCAGCAAAACAUGUCACCGCAGCAGUACCACGCCAUGGUUUCGCCUUCUCAGUACGGUGCACCCCAGUUCUUCCCACCCCAAUCUCCCACCGGUGGCUUCAGCAUGCAGCACUCGAUGCAGGCUGGCUCACCUGUACCUAUGAACGGUCCCGCCGCGAAUGGCACAAGCCGAACUGUCUACCUUGGCAACAUUCCUCCAGACACGUCUGCCGAAGAGAUCCUUGGUCACGUUCGCAGUGGCCAAAUCGAGUCGGUCCGUCUGCUUCCUGACAAGAACUGCGCCUUCAUCUCUUUCCUUGAUGCCAGCUCCGCCACCCACUUCCACUCUGAUGCCAUCUUGAAAAAGCUCUGCAUCAAAGGUCAGGAUAUCAAGGUCGGCUGGGGCAAGGCUUCUCAGGUCCCAACGUCGGUCGCCCUCGCCGUUCAGCAGUCCGGUGCUUCCCGGAACGUUUACCUGGGCAACCUGCCCGAGGAGGUGACCGAGGACGAGAUUCGUGAAGAUCUUGGCAAAUUUGGGCCCAUCGACACUGUCAAGCUGGUCCGCGAAAAGAACAUCGCAUUUAUUCACUACCUCUCUAUCGCCAACGCUAUCAAGGCCGUUACUCAACUUCCUCAGGAGCCGAAGUGGCAAGCGCCUCGCCGUGUCUACUACGGCAAAGACCGUUGCGCCUACGUGUCCAAGACCCAGCAGCAGAAUGCGGCCCAGUAUCUUGGCAUCGCUCCCGGGUAUGCUCACAUGCUGACUGGCGCCGACCGCGAUGUUAUUUCCAACGCUCUGGCCCAGCAGUCUGUUGCUGCCGCCGCUGUAGCGACCACGGCUGGUGGAAUCAACAACUUGGGCAACCGCACCAUCUACCUGGGCAACAUUCAUCCCGAGACUACGAUUGAGGAGAUUUGCAACGUCGUCCGGGGUGGACUUUUGCAUCACAUCCGCUAUAUCCCUGAUAAGCAUAUUUGCUUCGUCACCUUCAUCGAUCCCACCGCUGCUGCGUCUUUCUACGCUCUUAGCAACCUCCAAGGCCUCAUGAUCCACAACCGUCGACUCAAGAUUGGCUGGGGCAAACACUCUGGUGCUCUGCCACCUGCGAUCGCACUGGCCGUCAGCGGCGGCGCUUCUCGCAACGUCUAUGUCGGAAACUUGGACGAAACCUGGACCGAAGAACGCUUGCGUCAAGACUUUUCCGAGUACGGCGAGAUCGAGCUUGUCAAUACUUUGCGUGAAAAGAGCUGCGCGUUUGUGAACUUUACCAACAUUGCCAACGCUAUCAAGGCUAUCGAGGCCAUCCGUGGCAGGGAUGACUACAAAAAGUUCAAGGUCAACUUUGGCAAGGACCGCUGUGGUAACCCUCCUCGCCAGAUGCAGCAGAAUGCCUCGCCACGCAGUGAUGGUAUAGGCUCCCCUCAGGCUGGUGGUUCCCAGAACGGAAGUUCCCCGUCCAACGAUGGCAACCAGCAGUCCGCCGCCCUGUUCAACGCCAACAACAACCCGCUCACCAUGUACCUCAGCCAGCUUUCUCAGCACGCCCAUCAGCAGCAGAACCAGCAGCACCUGCAGAUGGCUGCCCAGCAGAAUGCCAUGUUCGGUGCUGCCCAGUCUUCUGGAAAUGAAAUGACCCUCGACAUGGCCCAGCCGCAGCUCGGCUCUCAUGGCCAGUCGGCCAGCAUCUCCAACGGCUACCCUACCAGCACUGGCGUGUCCGGCUCGACGACCAUCGGCGGUCUUUUGGCUCCUGGCGCCGGGCGCGGCUCCCACAGCCGUGCCGUCAGUCUGCCUGCCUUUGGUCCCGGCUUCGAAAACGGCACCAACAGCCCCAGCAGCCUGCACGGUAGUAACGGCGGCGAGGGCGAGCAGCAGCGACGUGGCCACCAGUACCAGGCUAGCUACGGCGGCAUCGGUGGCAGUGGCUUCGGCCUCGCCAUUCAGAGCGGCCUCAACGGCUGGGCCGAGGAAGAAGUAGCCAACUAA